AUGUUAGUGGGACUUUUCGAAGCAGGUAUAAUUCCUUGCAUCAAUGUGUACUUGAGUAUGUUGUACACAAAAAAAGAAGUUGCAAAAAGAUGUGCAGCCGUUUACUCUGCUGGUGCCGUCUCUGGAGCGUUUGGAGGUUUAUUGGCUUAUGGGUUGACUAAGAUUAACACCGACAAAUGGUCCGGAUGGCAGUUCUUGUUCGCCGUGGAAGGUGGUUUGACCAUUUUGGCAGCUCCAGUAAUAAUUCUUCUUCUUCCUCGUAACGUAAGGGAAGCUUGGUGGCUCAAUAAGGAAGAGAGAAAAGUAUUGACCACACGAUUGGCAACUUACUCUGAUUUUCACCAAGAUGAGAAAUUCAUGUGGUCUGAGGUUGUUAGAGGAUUAAAGGAUAUCAACACAGUUGUGGUAUGCCUCUAUCAGUUUUGUGUGGAUGUCACUUUGUUUGGAAUAUCAACUUUUUUACCCUCGAUUAUUCUUGGUAUGGGCUACGAUUCGUAUAAGACUCAGCUUAUGACGAUCCCAUUCUAUGUGGUUGCCCUUCUUAGUUUUGCAACAACCUGUUACUUUUCGGACAAGACAGGUAAUCGAGGGUUCUUUAUUGCUGGAGGAGUGGUUUGUGAAAUUAUUGGUUAUAUCAUUUUGAUUGCUAGUAACCCGCUUGGCUCCAGAUAUUUCGGUUGUUUGAUGAUCGGCCUAGGAAUCUACAUCUGUUCAGGUUUAAGUGUUAUGUGGAUUAACAACAACAAUGCUGGACAUUAUAAGAGAGCUACAGCCGCAGGUAUGUGUACCACUAUUGGAAAUAUCGCUGGUGUACUCGCAGGUCAAAUUUACACAGCAGAUACGGCUCCACGUUAUUUUAAAGGAUUGAAGAUUGCGCUAGGAAUGACAUGUGCAGCUUUGGUGUUUUGUUCACUUAUGAUCUAUAAUUAUUACCUGAUGAAUAAGAAGAAAGAGAGAAUUAUAGCCGCUAUGAGUGCUGAGGAGAUUGACCAAAUGAAUGCCAAUUUGGCUCAUAAAGAUACUGAUUUAACUUUCAAGCUUUUACUUUAA